CCAACAGCAUCAAACGAGAGCACCUAGGAUGGCGCGAGGGAAAGUCCAAAAGCCUGGGAAACGAGCCAGUCGAUCAAAGCCACAGAACCUCAGACCAGAUAGUGGACAGUUUGAUCCCAGACAGAGUAGCAUCAAACGGUUGGCUGAUUGGGAUCAAGAGGAAGCUCAAGACGAACAGGAUGACUUCUUCGAAGGAUUGGAUAAGGUUUCACUUCAGCAGACCGGUCGGGAUACACGAUUUGAAAACGACUUGGAGAUCCCAGAACAGCUCUUAGACAUCGAUGACGGUGAGGAAGAGACAGAAGAAGAAGAUGACAAUGAAGAGGAUGGAUCUGAGAGUGAAGGCCAGAAAUCAAAGCCGAGGAAACAACGCAAGCCGAAAGUUUCAGUCGAUAAUUCUCACAAAGGUCGAUUUGGAAAAGUAGCCUCGGCCUCGGAGACUCACUCUGAUCAGACCGACUCGGAGAAUGGAUCGGAGGAAGAGGUAGAUCCGAUGCAGCUAGAUCAGAAUGAGCUCGAGACAGAAGGAGGCAAACUGGCAGACGAUGAUGACGGCUCUUCAGACGAGGACGAAUCGACUUGGAAGUCCUAUCACGUCGCCAAGUCGAAAUCGAAGAAGAAAAAGUCGACCAACGAUCCAGAGGCGGUUGCGGAGGAGGAAGAACGACGGGCGUUGGAACUGGAAGAAGUUAAAAGGUUGCAAGCCAAGGCCAGAUCGAAGCUGAUACCGAGCGAUUUCUCGUCUUAUUUGGACUAUGCAUCCGACGAGGAAAUCCUUGCGACCGAAGCCACAAAGAAACUCAAUCAAGACCAAAGAUUCUCUUCGUCUCAUUCUACUUUGGUUAAGGAGUUCGAUUCGGAACCCGAGGCGGUCGCUUAUUUACUCAAAACUAAGCCCGAAUGUUUGGCUCUUCUGAACGAUUUCCGUCGCUCAUUGGACGCCUUAUCUGAUCUUCAAGAUAAGAUAUCCACUACCAGUGAUCCCACCGAUGGAGAUCAGGAGAAAAACGAGUUCAAUCGCGCAAUUGACUUACUGCAUUAUCACGUCCUAUCGACAUAUGUAUCAACCACGGCAUUUUACAUGCACCUCUCACUCCACAUUCCACCUCCUGCUCCCGCGUUAGUAGGAUCGGUGACCAAAUCAUUGAUCGACUUACGGAAUACGUUAAACCUGAUGGAGCAAGCUGGGUUGAUCGGAGACAGCCCCGAAAGCGGCAAACUGCUGCUCGGCGGCUCUGGGAUGUUUGACGGUCAAUUCCCAGCCUCAGAGUUCGAUGAAGAGCUGCGUGAACUGCUCUUCGAUCAAUCGAAUCCAGACGACGACCAAUCCGAUUCUGGUUCUGAUGAUGUCGAGCCAACCACCAAACGUCGUAAGUCGUCGGAUGAAGUAUCGGCCUCUCGGUCCGAUAAAAUCAAAGAGGCCACUCGAUCGAAAUCUAAGCAACCCAAGAAAAAGAAACAGAAAGAUUCGAAGAAAAGCUCGCAGAUCGAAGUCGAAGAUCCGAACGAGUUGCUAAAGAAUUUACCCCCUAGACCUUCGAAGUCGAUCCUGAAUUCCUCCGAGUAUGAAGAUCAAAACGAGCUCGAUUUCCUUGAAUCGACCUCGUUAUCUGAAAAGGAAGCCAAAGAGAAAGAGAAGAAGAAGAAGAGCUUGCGCUUCUACACAGCCAAGAUCGAUGCCAAAGGCAAGCGGAGAGAGAAAGCCCUGGCGGGUACGGGCAUCGUCAGUGGGGAUAGCGACUUGCCUUACAUUACUAAGGAAUCUCAGCGUCGCGAAUUCUUGAAGAAGCAGGAUCACUCGGCCACAGGCGUUGACCAGGACGGGCAGUUUGAGGACAGUCUCGAUGGCUAUCUGCCUGAUGCCUCCUUUGAUCAGGACGGCGAAGCGGAUUAUUAUAAUACGAUCAAAGAGCUCAAGUUAUCGUCCAAGAAAGCUAAGAAAGUACAGUAUGAUGAGAAACGACUAGCAGAACGGGAUGCAUUAAUGACGGAGGGAGAUGUUGAAGGAGGGGAUAACGGACCUCGAGAGAUCAGUCGGCAGAUCCUGAAGAACAAGGGCUUGACGCCCAAGCGAGCCAAGGAGAACCGCAACCCGCGUGUCAAGAAACGCAAGCGAUUCGAGAAGGCCCAGCAGAAGAUCUCCAGUCAGCGACCCACCUUCAAGCCCGACCUCGCCGCUCAGAGUCGUACCCUUAAUGGCUAUCAGGGCGAGAAAUCCGGGGUCAAGGUCGGCGUCGUUAAGAGUCGUAAACUCUAAUCGUUCCUUUGUUUUUUGUUCUUCUUGUUCUUGUGGUUUUUGUUGUUCUUUGCGAUUGGUGGCUAGUCUGGUGUCUUUUUGUUGUUCAGGCUUCAGCUCGU